CGACUCUGCCGCCUGAUCUGUGUGUGCAAAAGUGUGUGUAUUUGAAGUGUAAAAUGUAACUGUUAGCUGACAUACCGCACACACACACACAAACAAACUAUAGCAAACAUAAAUAAAAGAACAUAUAGUAUAAGGCACGUCUCCAGCAAACUGAAGCAACAGUCCAAGCAACGGAUCGAGUCUCAGACCAAGCCAUAACCCACAGCCCGCAUCUUGUUGUUGUCGGUGCGAUGUCUUCGAUGAAAUCGACUUAUCUGAUCUGUGUUACUUCGAGUGCAGCAUCAAGAACGUAAAUCAUAGUUUUCAGAUAAUCACACCCACCCGUUCGCUGGUGCUGUGCGCCGAUUCCCGCCGCGACAUGGAGGACUGGCUGGGCUCCUUGAAAACGGCCACAACGCCGCAACGGCCUCGUGGCGAUAGUUUUCUAAUCGAUCAGCACGACAUACUGUCCAACCACCAUCACUGGUAUGCCACUUCACACGCACGACCCACCUACUGCAAUGUGUGUCGGGACGCCCUCUCGGGAGUCACCUCGCACGGUCUUAGUUGUGAGGUUUGCAAGUGUAAGGUGCACAAGAGAUGUGCGGCGAAGGCCAUAGCCAACUGCAAGUGGACAACGCUGGCCACCGUGGGCAAGGAUAUCAUAGAGCAGCCCGACGGCAGCAUCAUAAUGCCGCAUCAAUGGAUGGAGGGCAAUCUUCCCGUUUCAGCAGUGUGUGGCGUUUGCAAAAAAACCUGCGGAUCUGUGCUGCGCCUGCAAGACUGGCGUUGUCUGUGGUGCCGGGCCACAGUUCAUGUGGCCUGUCGGCCUCAAAUGGCCGUGGCGUGUCCUAUUGGGCCGGCUAAGUUGUCUGUAGUGCCACCCACCAGUGUGCAUUCGAUCAGCAAUGAUGAUGCUUGGGAUGUGGUCAGCCCUAAAGGAAACUUCUCGCCACUGCUCGUCUUCGUCAAUUCCAAGUCUGGCGAUAAUCAGGGUGUCAAGUUUUUGCGUCGCUUUAAGCAGCUGUUGAAUCCGGCGCAGGUUUUUGAUCUUAUAUCGACGGGACCCAGCCUGGGCUUGCGUCUCUUUCGCCACUUCGAGAUGUUUCGCAUACUCGUCUGCUCUGGCGAUGGCUCCGUUGGCUGGGUCCUAAGCGAAAUCGAUCGAUUUAACAUGCACAAACAAUGCCAAGUGGCGGUUAUGCCAUUGGGUACUGGUAACGAUUUGGCACGCGUGCUGGGCUGGGGCUCCUCCUGUGACGAUGACACACACCUCCCUCAAAUACUCGAACGCUAUGAAUCGGCCAGCACCAAAAUGCUGGAUCGCUGGAGCAUUAUGGUCUUUGAGAAGGCAAUUUCUGUGCCGAAAAUCCCAAAAAUGUCAAUAACAACGGAACAGGAAGCUUUGCUCACUGGCAUGGUGACCUCGGCAAAUCAUCAUCUUCGCUUCAUUGUGGAAACAAAUGACACUCAGACCCUGAUAUCAUCCACCCGCACCCUGUGCGAUACAAUCGACGAGCUAGUCAUGCGCAUUUCGGAGCAUCACAAGGAGGACGAGCAGUUAGCCAUCAAGUGUGACAUAUUGCGUCAAAAGUUGAGUAUGCUGCUUGAUGCCCUGAAGGAGGAAGAGACCGGUGCCCACAGUGGCGAUGAUCUGAUUGCCACAAUAAGCAGUCUGAUUGCGCGAAGUAUGUCGACAACGCUGAACUCAAGCCCAUCGCUGCUAAACCCCAACAUAUCAAUUGAGAAAAACGAAAAGGACCACAUCAAUACCAAAGAGCGUCGGAACAGCCGCUCUCUGCGCUCCACUGAGAAGGAGGCCCUGCAGUGCCGAGCAAAUAGCGUUAAGCGCGCCAUUUACAAUGUAGUCGAACAUUCAGAACCGGGUCGACCAAAGCGCUAUCAACGCAAACUCUCCAUUACACCGUUUGAGGCUCUGAAGCUGCCGGUUAACAACUCCAGCGAAUCUACACCGUGCAGUUCCCCAUUGCCUAUUAUACCUCCCAUUAAUAUCAUCUCUCCAACCAUGGAAACGUCUCGCUUAACCUGCAUAUCACCAUUACCGGAAACGAGACGCGAUUCUGUGGAUGAGAACUUCUUCAAUUCGAUCAAUCUGCCGGCUCCUCGACAGUUUGCCGACAGCCGACGCAGCUCGGGCGUACCAGAAGUCAUACAGGAGAUGGAAGAGGGCGCCAAUGGUGAGACCAUCUACCGCAUGGGUCGCCUUUCGCUCAGUGGUGGAGCCAACAUUGAUGAUUUCGGCAAUCGUUUGUCGCCUGGAAGCGAGGGCGAAUUGAACGCGGACACUGGCGAACGCAAAGUGGACUUUCUACGCGUUCCCAUAAUUACUGGCGAGCCCAUUGUGGACCCUCUAUCCGAUUAUCGACCCAUCGAAGUAUUUGAACGCACCUUCUAUAUGACUCGUGAGCUGGAUAAGGAGCGAAAGUCGGGAGCAGAGGCAGGAAGCGAUGGCAACAGCCUGAUCGAAGUCGAGGAGAAAGAGGACAACACGAUGACGGAGAAGUGUACGCCACAACGAGCAGCGGCACUAUCAAGCAAUCUGCAGGUACCCGGCAUUGUCGUAACCCCCAACAACCCCCCAAAUGUGUACUCAAGCGCUAGCCUAACCAUUAUCGAUACCGAUGCACUUAACAACACUCAGGAGCAGUCCUCAUCGGAUGACGUGCCAGGCGAGGCGAGCGAUGUGCUUUCGGCCAUUAGCAACGAGGAGUGCAGUGUGGCCUCCGAAAUAUUCGAUAAGCACGAGGCAGCUCAGACUUUGGGCGAUAUAAUACAGAACCUAGAUGCGAGCAACUUCACACACAUCGAUUCCCCCGAAACUAGUGACGAAACGGAGGCCAUGCCAGGUGAAAGCCUCAUGGAUGACAUCAGUUCCGUACUCGGGCACGAUAUCACCAAUGCGCUGCAGGACAACACCAUUACCGAUGAUACGACUACACUAUGCUCCGAGCACGUUGGUCCAGUAAAGCCGUCACGCAAGAAAUCCCUGAGCGCCCUGACCCACACCCAUACGCAUCCGCGCAGGCGUAACUCAUCGCCACCGCGAAUGGCAAGACUCGCUCGCAUGGAUAGUGAUGACAAUCCUCAGCAAUUUGGUUUCGAAAAUAUUGUCUUCGAGAUUGAUAAUCGAUGUGAUGAUCAGAAGAUUCGUGAGCCUCCGCGAUACUGCAGCCUGGCGCAGUUCGUGGAAGGUAACGAUAUUGCACGACAAAGUUUCAAGCGUCCCAAAAAGCGCGUCUCUCUCAAAAAACUUAAACAAACUACAACAAUCGUAUCUCAACAGCAGCUUUUGCUCGAAAGCGCCAACCUUGACGAUGAAGCUGCGCCCAAUAAGGCGACUCUAACUAGCGCCAAUUUGACUACGACUAACGAGGAUGAACUGUCCACACAAUCAGCGAUUAAAAUUGAAAUACACGAUGUUGAAACAACAACACACACCACAACAACAACAACAAAGACGACACACAAACUCGAAUCGGCAAUGGCCUCAUCAACAUCGCCAACGAAGAAAUCUGGUCACGGACAAGAUGUAAAGCGCAUAACAUUUGAUGAGUCGUGUAAGAAAGAAUCCUUUGAUGAUGUAAAUCCCAACUAUCCACAGAUAAGUGUUGUUGUACGUCCGCCAACACCGUUGCGCGGUGACUCAGUCAAAGCGUCAGCGGCGAUCUCGUCAGCGUCGCUAACCGCGUCGUCGGCAUUGCUCGGCGUACGUGGCCUAAACGCUUCGGAGAUACGACGCCACUCGAGCCAUGCGCCCAGCUUGUCGGUGCGUGAAUUUGACAAGGACAAGGAUCGUCGGCACUCCGGCUUUAAUCCAAAUCUAUUGACAUUGGAUCCGGAGCAUGCGCGUUUCCUUAGCAGUUCACCGGCAGCUAGUCGUAGAAUUAGCUGUGGCAGUCUCUUCAAGCCGAAUGAAGCUUUGCCCAAUUUACAAACACUUAAGGGUUCCAAGUCGAGCCUCUUUAUGGGGUCUACACUCUUCGGCUUCGAUCACUUCGGCACUGCCGAUAAGGAUGACAAGUCCGGCAAGGAGAAGGACAAAACACCACCAGAGGAGUGCAAUCGCAAGCUACCGAUUAUCAAUCCGCUCGUGCGGUUGCCCAAUUGGCCCAAUCUCACCAAUGGCACUGGAUUUAUUUCCAAGUGUUUGCUCGCCAAUGCGGACACUCUAUGCGCUGCAGUUAGUCCGCUCAUGGAUCCCGAUGAGACGCUGCUUGCGGGUUACCAUGAGAAGUGCGUGAUGAAUAACUAUUUCGGUAUUGGCAUCGAUGCCAAAAUCUCGCUGGACUUCCACAACAAGCGGGAGGAGCAUCCAGAGAAGUGUCGCUCACGUGCCCGCAAUUAUAUGUGGUAUGGUGUGCUGGGCUCGAAGCAGCUCCUACAAAAGACCUGCAAAAAUCUGGAGCAGCGUGUGCAGCUGGAGUGUGAUGGACAGCGCAUUCCAUUGCCCGAACUUCAGGGUAUUGUCAUCUUAAAUAUACCCAGCUUCAUGGGCGGCACCAACUUUUGGGGUAACACCAAGAAGGACGACAUCUUCCUCCCACCCAGCUUCGAUGAUCGCGUUUUGGAAGUUGUGGCCGUCUUUGGAUCGGUACAAAUGGCCGCCUCUCGCCUCAUUAAUCUGCAACAUCAUCGCAUUGCUCAAUGUCAGAGCGUACAGAUUAAUAUUCUUGGCGAUGAGGAGAUACCCAUACAGGUGGAUGGUGAGGCCUGGCUACAACCACCCGGCAUGAUACGCAUUUUGCACAAGAAUCGUGUCCAGAUGCUGUGUCGUAACCGCAGUUUGGAGGUAUCCUUGAAGAGCUGGCAAGAGAAACAACGUCAGCACAGCAUUUCCAUUCAACGUGACGCCUCGUCGACUGCCUCGGAACAUGCCACCUCUACCGAUGAAGUCAUUUCGGAGCGUGAGUGCUAUGUGCUGCUCAAUUUCAUUGAGGCUGUCAGCUCUUUGGUGAAAUGGGUCAAGUUCUUGAUCAUAUCCCAUCCGGCACUGCAACACGAUCUUUACGAGGUAGCCUGCCGUGCCAGUGAGGCCCUGGAGUCUAUACAUCCCCAGGGCAAGCUGCUGGAAGGUCCCUCGUUGCGCACCAAGCUGGUGGAGGUCAUCGAUUCGUCGCGUCAGCUUUAUGACGAUGCUUGUACUUUGCUCAGAGAUCGUGGACACAGUCUCAUAUUGCGUGAGGAUCUGGAAACUAAAUUGAGUGCAGCAUUGGCCAACAUGGAAAUGGAGCUGAAGAAAUGUUCCGUUCAAAAGUGCAUCGAUGGCAAGCUGCGUGCCUACUUUAAUGUCCUGGCACCCAAUGAAGAGUCCGAUGGUCGCCGGAAAUCCCGUCUCUUCUGGGUACGUCUACGCUCAGGCUCUACCGCCGGUCAACAACAGUUCAAGCCACCGCUCACCAACACGCGUGAGGCUGCCAAUAACUGGAGCGUCAAUGAGGUGGUCACCUGGCUGGAGACUAUGCAGCUAUCCGAAUAUGUGGAUAGCUUCCUAAAGAACGAUAUUCGUGGCAAGGAGCUGUUGACACUAGGCCGGCGAGAUUUGAAGGACUUGGGCGUUGUAAAAGUAGGUCAUGUGAAGCGCAUCCUGCAGGCUAUUAAGGAUUUGAGCGAGAACUAAAUCGAACCCAACUAUGCCACUACAAUCAAAAUUGUUCCUGUUUUGUGAGAGGGGAGGGAAGUAGAGAGAGGGGGAAAGUGUAGGGGAGAUUGUUUAAUGAACUACCGGCUAGUACAAAAAUCAGUCUUCGAAAGCCGCUCUUAGAGUUUGUUGUGCUUGGGAUAUGUUAAGGCAUUUUGUGUGGCUGUUUAGUGUUGUAAGCGAACAGUAAGAGUGUUAGUUUUUUUAUGGGAAAAAUGCAUAACACAAUCACUAUUUAUAGGCUAGCUUAGCUAACGAAAACAAAAUUAACAAAACAAACUGAAAUCGGGUGGGAAUAAUUGAGUGAACGCGCCUAACUCUAAAGCUCGAUUUUAGGAGCGGGGCUAACGAACAAAAAUCUCUUUAAUUAUUUCAAAACUAUUUAAAUUAUAAAUGAUUUCGUUUCAAGAGAAAGAAAACGAAGAUUAUUUCAAAACUAUUUAAAUUAUAAAUGAUUUCGUUUCAAGAGAAAGAAAACGAAAACAGCUAUUUAGUUAAAAGAGACUUGCCUAUCAUUUUCUGAUCUAGUCAUGUAAGCGCAAAUAACUGAAUUUCAUUUUUGGAUUUGUCAAAAGCAAAAUUAUUGAAUUGGCAGCAAAACGAAUUUAAAUGUAGUGGCACAUGCAAAACCAAAAGGAUAUUAAUUAACAGCAAACCCAACAACUAGUUUUUAAGAAAGCAAGCAGCGUUUAAGAUCCCAUUUACGCUUAACUCUUUUUCAAAUUCGAAAAUCGAUUAGGAAAAUGACUCGUUUAUACCUUUAGACCCAAACAAAAAACAUUCUAAAUUAAUAAGCAAUUUAAUUUUUAUAAUUGUAAACCCAAAAGACAAAUAUCUAUUUUAAAACCAAUCUCGACAUAUUAUUGUAUUAUUAAUUAUACCUUCUCUAAGCUAUAUACAUACUAUACAUACAUGCAUACAUAAAUCGUGUAAAUGUUUCCCAACAUUGUUGUGUCGAACCCAUGCUAACAUUAUACUCGUAAUUGUAACAAAGAAAAGUCUGUUUGAUGUGUCAUUUUUUGUGGUAACCAAAAAUUAAGAUAAAAAAAAACCAAAAGCAAAUGAAAUUCGUUUAUUUAUAAUGUACAUGGAAUUUAGUUACUAAAUUUAAAGCGUUUUUUUCGUCAUAAGUUUAGGUCCUAGGGCAAGUACCAGUAAGUGCGGAGCACUUCGGUUCGGUGCGGUGCGCCAGUGUUUCCGUUAGUUUGGUAUGUAUUUCAAAAUUUAGCUAGAUUGUAAAACUCGGAUUAAAUUUGUGUGUUGAAGACCUUUUGGUAUACCUUUUAAUUGUUUGGUGAAGCAAAGCAAGCAACUUUUAUCAAAAAUGUAAGAAAUGAAAAACCCAACAUUCGAAUUAAGAGAAUUGUGCUAAAUUUUUAUAGUUACCUAUUUUCGAUUAGCAAAAGUAUAUACAUACAUAUUUACAUAUAUAUUAUACUAUAUAUAUACAUAUAUAUAUAUGGCUGCAUAUACAUCGUACACCAUGUCUGUGUGAGAAAACCAAGAAUACCUUUAUUUUAGUUUUUCUAAAGUAAGUCGUUUCCAAAUGUUUGCUCAAGUUGUCUCCAGUUGAGCGAGUUUUUGAAACGAAUAAUUCUAACUAAUAAUAAACAAUAACAAAUCUCUUGAGCGACGUCUAUAAAUUAUAUUUUUUGAUAUAUAAGUAUAAAUGGGCCCAGACCAACUCGAUUGAUUUGUUGUAAACCUUUGCAAUAUAAUUUCAAGUAAUACCUACAACAACACUCUCAAGCUGCACAUUUCUUUAAGUGUGUUGAAUAAAUACAAUUUUUGAGAUAUAUUUGUGAAAUAUCUGAACUAUUUAC